AUUUGAUAGACACGUCGUCGUGAGUAAAUACUAGUUUAAUAGGAAGUUUUUUGCAUACAAAUAUAUGACACGAUGUUUGAGAUCAUGAAGCAGAUGAUUUUUUCUGGAACCUUAUUUUGAUGUAUGGAAAAUGUUCCUGACCCUCGAUAAGCCACCAUCUAUACACAGGUGCAAGAUUCUUGGAAUAAUGGCUGUAAUGGGUGCCAUGCUAUUUGUGUUGUUAAUGACACAGUUUUACAGCACUGAUAGACAUUCAACAGUGGACUUCACAUUGCCUUCAUUGUUUAAAGACACAUUUGUCAUAGAAGGAACAACAUUGCCCACCAGAACUUUAAACAAGAAGACCUCUCCAGGAGAUUAUGUGUAUGCAAUAGUUUUUGAUGCUGGUAGCACAGGAUCCAGAGCUCAUAUAUUUAAAUUCCUGUCUAGUCCAGGUCAUCCGGUUAGUCUUUUAAAUGAAACAUUUCUACAUGUGAAACCAGGGCUGUCAGCCUACGCUCAUGAUCCAUUGAUGGCAGCACUGAGUCUACAGGACAUGUUGAGGAUGUGUACAAAGAUGGUGCCAGCCAGCCAGCAAGCCAGCACCCCGUUGGUUCUCAAGGCAACAGCUGGUCUCCGACUGCUCAAGGAGGGAGAGGCAGACAACAUUCUUAAUGAGGUGACAGCCAAUUUUAAGAAGUGGCCCUUCAGGCUGCCCUUUGAUGCUGUAGGCAUUAUGGAUGGAGUAGACGAAGGUGUGUUCAGCUGGAUAACAGUCAAUUUCAUGCUAGGCUUGCUUGGUGGAAAUGAGAAGCCUUUGGCAGCUUUGGAUCUAGGAGGAGGUUCUACACAAAUCACCUUUGUGCCACAGGAACAGUCGACAUUAAAAUUGGUCCCUGAAUCAUAUAUGAAGACUGUGAAACUCUUCAGUAAAGAGUACCACUUAUACACACAUAGCUAUCUGAAUUUCGGUCUGAUGUCUGCAAGAUUUACACUCACUGGCGGAGAUCAACAUGCAGAUGAUGAUCCCAACAGUUUUGUUCUCACCAGCCCCUGCAUACCUGCAGGGUACUCUGGCAAUUACACUUAUGGUGACCAGGUAUUUCAUCUACGCGGCCCCUCAGUAGAGGAGUACAGGUUUGAGAGCCGUCUAUCUAUAAUUUACAGCGGCCCCUCAGUAGAGGAGUACAGGUUUGAGAGCUGUCUAUAUAGCACACAGGGUCUAGUGAAGCCAGUACUGCCUGUAGAGGAACUCUCCGGACAAGACGUCUACAUCUUCUCCUACUUCUUUGACAGGGCAAAAGAUGCAGGACUUAUAGGCUCAUCUGGUGGCACUGCAACUGUUGGGGAUUUCAAGGCAGCAGCACAGAAAGUUUUCAAACAAGCUGACAAGAGGCACCCAUGGUUAGCUCUGGACCUUGCGUACAUUUACUCCCUGCUCAGUACUGGCUACCACAUAUCUGACUCCACCAGUGUGCAUCUGAAGAAGAAGAUAGCUGAUGUAGAGGUGAGCUGGGCGCUGGGAGCUGCCUUCGAGGUGCUGACAGAGGAGGGACUGCUGAGAUAACAGACUGGAUGCACGUUGUGACAACUGAAUUACGUGGGUCAAGGCAAAACUCUGCUUAACAUAUAAGCCGCUCUCUGGGAAAACUGGGCUUAAUUUAUAUGCCUUAUGUGUUGUCCCAGAUUAGCCUGUGCAGUCCAUCCAGGCUAAUCAUGCUCACCAUUUUGGGCUGAAAUGGAUUUUUGUUUGUUAACCCUUUCAGUGCUGGAACCGAAUUUUGAAGGCCUUUGCAAACAGCUUGGAUCCUGAUGAGACGCCACAGAAUGUGGGGUCUCAUCAGGAUCCAAACUGUUUGCUAUUCUGAUAGUAUUCUUUGAAAAAAAUUGAAGAAAAUGCUAAUUUUAGAAAUUCAGCAGACAACAUUUUAGCAGACGACAAAUAUCCCAGCAUGCAAAGGGUUAAAGGAAAUCUCUUGUAAUGGAAAAUCCAGCACACUGCACUAGCCUAUCUGGGACGACACUAAACCCACAUGCAGUACCGUAUUUUACCAUGCAUAGCGCGCAGUUUUUUACCUUCAAAUUUCAAAAUAAAAAUUCAGUGCGCGUAAUACAUUGACACAACGCUUUUCUGGUUGCUAAAUUGCAAAAAUCCAUUUCGUAAUCGUAAAUCUUCACAAUUGCCGCCAUUUUUUUUAUUGCAGAAAACUACACCCUAUAAUGUUAUAGACUGAAGGGGCCGUUGUCGAAACAACAAAAAGCGGGAAAGGGUAGGAAUGAACGGGGUAGUAACAGUUUUGACAAAAAUUAAAAGAUGAAAAAAUGUCUUUGUUGGUGUUUUCACACUUCUUCAUUGAUUGUUCAUUAAAAUAAAAAAUCGAGGUAUAUCGAUUCCCGCGUCGUCGCGGUAUUGUUUGUUAAAGUUUUUGUUGUCAUAAAAACUCGUUGAUUUACAACGCAAAACGUCUUAUUUGAACUGACGCUAAUUAUUUCAAUCAUAUUUCUCAACUUCGCUUUUGCUUUGUUUUGAUAAUUUAAUCCAAAGUUUAAUGUUAGCAAUUCCGAAAAUUUGCACUCUAUGUGAAUUGACAGUUUGACAACAUCAAAGAAAAGCCGCUUCCCGUCUGAAGCAAUAAAGCGACAAGUUUCUCGCCGACAAAAUUGGCUUCCUUUGUCUAGCAAUCAACAUGCCAAACCGAUCGUGUGUUUGUUCCUCAAUGGAAAUCGUCCAAUUAAAUAAUAGCACGUGCAAAGCUCCGCCUUCUAACCUUUUACAGAGAACGAAGGUGGAGUUAAACGGUUAAUUGAGCAAGUGUUAUACGUAAGUUGAGUUCCGAUUUGCCGAAAUUUCUCGACCCUAAGCAUUGAAACGACGAAUACAUUCAUCAAUGAUUUUCCGAUCUCUGCAUUAAUAUGCUACCGUGCGAGUAUACUACGUAGGUUAAAAACCAACAAUAGAGAUAUAGACUUGUUUUAUUUUCUUUCAAUAGAGACAAACAAAUGAUAUUUGUCUAAUGGCUUUACGCCGAUAACACCAACUGAAUGGAAUUGAGCGUUCGGGUGUAUUGUUUGUCUCACUAUAAAUACUGAUCAACUAGACGCAGUGACGGCGCGAAAUACCGGGUCAAACCGGAUUUAAUGGGGAGCAUCUUUUAAUGGGGAAGGAUCCACGGACGAUUUGCGUAAAAUUGGACAUUGCGAUGUUGCGGGUCUGCAGAAGACUAUGUCAUACGAUGUUGUGAGCGGCAGGUAAUAAAAAUGUUACACUGUUCAAAUGUGAGGAAUAGGUAAUAGUGGUUCGAAUUUAACGCGCAGGGGUCUUGAAAAAACACGCGCAGGCAAUAAGGACAUAUACGGUGUUCUCGAGAGAAUAAUCUUAAAAUUGUCAAAAAUAUAGUGCUAUGCAACCCAUGCUCCUGAUCGUAUAAACGCUCCCUACUUUAAAACAAAAAAUUAAGCGCCCGAAAAACUCAGAUUAAAUGAUUGCGCAAUAUAAGAAUGGCGGCCAUUUUCGGCCCAAUUUUCAGGUUUUUGGUCUUGAAUUCUUUUUUUCCUCCAUUUUGGCUUUAAAAAAAUCGCAUGCGCGUUAUACAUGGGAGCGCGCUAUACAUGGUAAAAUACGGUAAACCACGUAUUCUCAGAGCAAGACUUGUAUGCAGAUGUUUUGUUUUGCACUGAACAUGAUAAUUGCACCUUAUUAAGAUGGUUGGCCAUGAUGUAGCAGUUCUUAGAAAAUUUGAAACUAAAGUUUUACUAAAUUGUGAAAAAUGCAGAUCAAAAUUAAUUGUUUGUGAAGAAUUAUAUAAAAAAAAUUGUUCCGUGUGUUUAAGAAAUAUUUGCUUCAUGCUAACUGUUUUAUGUAAUUAUAGUAUAUUUACAUAGAAAGGAAUCUGAAUAUAUAGUUUUACAAAGUACUAUUUGCAAAUUGUACGAAACUGUGAUCAAGGCAUUCACUGAUUUUACACAAGCAUUAACACUUUAGGAUGUUAAUAGUUUUAAUAAAGUUCAUACUUCCAUUUUACCCGAGUUAAAAGUUAUAUGACAUAAUAAAGGACAGUUAAACA